AUGGCCCAAUUGCUUCUUCUUUUCUUGAUCUUAACACACACAUUUCUAACCCUAGCAUCACCAUCUGCAGAAAUCGAGCCUUCUGUGGUCGGACCACCACAAACAGCUGAAGCACCCAGAAGUCGUAAACUUGGGAACCAUCAUGUAAGCGAAUCGGAGCCGCCAACCACCGCAACAUCAAGGGAUCAUGAAGCGAACGGUGGGAGUACGGAGGAGGAGAGUGGAAUGUACUUGGAGAAACAACAUCAACACCACCAUGGUUCAGGGUCGGUCGAUAAGUCAAUUGCCGGUGGUGGGGUGAUCCUUGGAGGGUUGGUUAUGGCUUUUGUGGUGUCGAUCGUGUGCUACAUUCGAGCCACCAGAAGAAGAAGUAUCGUGGAACCACCCACGCCAACCACCGUCCGGGGUGUUUGA